AUGAGUGGCAACCAGAAUUUUUCAUAUGGUCCAAAAAUUAUGAAUGGAGGCCUAGCGGGUAUUAUUGGAGUGUCGUGUGUCUUCCCAAUCGACUUGGUUAAAACUCGUUUGCAAAACCAAACAGUUGGAGCUGACGGUAAACUUCAAUACACCGGAAUCGCUGACUGUGCGAAACAAACAUGGAGAGCCGGCGGAGCAUCAAGUUUCGCCAAGUUCAAGGGAAUGUACAGUGGAUCUGGAGUCAAUAUCCUUUUGAUCACCCCAGAGAAGGCUAUCAAACUUGUCGCCAACGAUUUCUUCCGUCACAAGCUUGCUAAGGAGGGUGAGAAGCAGUUGUCAGUGGGGAGAGGAAUGUUGGCAGGAGGGUUGGCUGGAAUGUUCCAAAUCUCGGUGACUACACCGAUGGAAUUGUUGAAGAUUCAGAUGCAGGAUCAAGGAAGAACUUUGAAGCCAGGCCAGAAGAAACUGUCCGCCACUGAACUCACCAUGAAACUUGUGAGGGAAAAUGGAAUUGGUGGAUUGUACAAAGGACUAACCUCAACAUUUGCUCGAGAUGUCACAUUCUCUGUCAUUUACUUCCCACUAUUUGCUUACCUCGAUUCAUUGGCACCAAGAAAGUCAGAUGGCAGUGGAGACGCUGUUUUCUAUGGGUCGUUCUUGGCAGGAUUGACUUCUGGAGCAGCUUCCUCGUUCUGUGUGACCCCGUUGGAUGUCAUCAAGACAAGAAUGCAGACAAUCAACAAAGGUGCCAAUGAAGUUGUUUACAAGAACAUCCCAGAUGCAUUUGUUACAAUCCUCAAAAAUGAAGGACCAAAGGCGUUGUUCAAGGGUGCCGCUUGCCGUAUGAUGGUGAUGGCUCCACUCUUCGGUAUCGCCCAAACUGUCUACUACAUCGGAGUCGCUGAGAAGAUUCUGGGCAUCCAAAAGGCUGCUCAUGUCUAG